GACUUCAUUUGUCAGAAAUCGCAGACUGCCAGCUGCCCGUGUCAGCCAUGACACAACUAGUUCAAGGCAGAUAUAUAUAUAGGCCGGUGCAAUCCACGGUUCUAAUCUUCACAAGAAAAAUUUCAGAUUGAUUCCACAACGCAGCCAUGGCGAUUGGAGCACCAGGUUCCCGUCAGCCCAACGAGGCAAGCAACAUCCUCGAGAACGUGUGGGCUAGCAUCAUGACAGGGUCCACUACUCCGGCGUCGUCGGAGGUAGGGGAAGAGAAGCCGGAGGCGAUCUUGCAGAGGCUGCCGAGCCUGGGGAGGUGGAUUUCCAUAGGAGCAGAGGAGUGGGACGAGCUCUUCAGUGGAACGGCGCUCACGUCGGACGCCUGCGGUGAGCUGCUCGCCGCCUCACCGGCGAACCCAGAAGAUCGGCAUGACCGGGCCAGCUCCAUGGCGGCGGCCGCGUACAAGAGCUACAGGGGGGUGAGGCGGCGGCCGUGGGGCAAGUUCGCCGCCGAGAUACGCGACACGCGGAGGAAAGGCGCGCGCGUGUGGCUGGGCACGUUCACGACCGCCGAAGAGGCUGCGCUGGCCUACGACAAGGCGGCGCUGCGCAUGCGCGGCCCGCGCGCGCACCUCAACUUCCCGCUCGACGCUGUGCAGCGCGAGCUGGCCGUGGCCGGGAACGGAUGCUCCGAGCCGACCCGCGUUCUGCGCCGGAAGAGGAGGAGAGGCAGUGCAGCUGAUACAUCAAGAAGCCAUGGCAGUGCCAGUGUGGCGGCAACUGGUUCUGAUCAGACGAUGGCGUCGUUCGCUCGCGGGAAAGAUCAAGGGACAACGAUGAAGGAACGCUUGAUCAGUGAUCCGGGAGGAGUGAUUGAGUUCGAGGACAUCGGUGGCGAGUACUGGGACUACUUGUUCGCGCCUCCGGUGUCGACAGGAUGAUCAUAGAUAUUGCUUUGAAAAUGAAAAUGUGCACAUAGAUAGGGUUGUGCAUGCAUGACGAGAGAAGGCUAGCUAAAUUCCAUCAGUAAUUUGUAUACAUCAAGAUAGACGUACUGUUCUUGAGCACGUCGUGUGUGUGGUAUGGUUUGCUCAUCAUAUGUGUGUAUAUUCAUUUAGGUUGUUACAAUAGAGAGUUUACAUCAUCUUUCACAUAGAACUAGCAAGGUG